AUGCCGUUGCAGGAAGCAGACAAGCUGUCUUACCGGCAAAUCCUCGCGGCCGAUCGCAGGAAGUAUGGCGCUUACGAUCCGUGUCGGAUCGCCAAGCUGUUGCCGCCUCGAGAAAAGCUCCAGGAGCCGUCUGGGCGAGCACCCCAGGUGGCGUUUCGACCGAGUUUAUGGAAACGAGACGAUAGCACUCUCGAUGAUUCCAGUCGUGCCAUCCCAUAUCGACCCAACACUACGCUACCUGCCAACGCGAAGCCGGACAGCGACCACAGUGAUACAGUCGCGUCGAGCAUUCCACAGAUCAACUAUGGCGAUGCCAACCCCAAUGAGCCCGCUUCAUCUGCCGAACCGAGUGCGUUGUAUAACGACACUCAGCGCUCUUCCGGUUUGGCGACAGGCAGCAACGUCGGUCUGCAAGACGGCGGAGGCGAUCCAAUGAGCAGUACGGUCGGAAUGGCUGCAGGCAUCGUCGCCACGGUGGUGCUCCUCGGUGUGCUUUCCUAUCUCUUCAAGCGAUAUCGCCACGCCUUGUCUCUGCGCUUCUGUGGCAAAUCAUCACUUCUGAAGAUGCGCAAAAAGUCGCAGAGGCUGGCAUCGAUUGACGGCCUACGAACUGUGUCGACGGACGGACACAAGCACGUCGAGGCGAGUCAGGACAAGACAGGGUCGAGCGACUACCUUGUCAGCGAAGCCUCGCCCAGUCGAGCCGGACCAUUCGAUCGAGCUAUCAGCACCAUGCUCUCGGCGACAUCUCGCUCAGAUGUCGAACCGAAAGUCCAAAACUCUGGCUUCCAUAGUGUCAGUCUGGAGGCGAUCAGAACGAGCAGCUACCUGAGUGUCCCCUUCCCACCCAAAGCGGUGCUCUCGCACCAGCGCUCGCUCGACUCGAUCGCCGAAGUGCAAGAACCUCCCUCUGGCGCCUCUUCCUACUUCGGGCCCACCACCUCGCAGCGGGACAGCCUCGCAAUGCACGCCGACACGACACCACCCAAGCGGCUUACCUGGACCGAUCGACAGCAACAACCUCAGACGCAGCCUCGACCCAAGACGUCCCCCGGCGAAACCGUUCGAUCCUUCAGCAGCUCCACUGCCUCUUCCACAGAAUGCUUUGGCACGCCAGACAGCAAGCUCAGACAGAAAAGCUCACCUGCGCGGCCCCAAAGCGCCAAAAGCGGCGGUGGAGGGAACAUCGAGAUGACUCGGCAGGGGUCGAAGCUCGUCAUCCGCCACCGGCCGAGUACAGGUACGCUGCGACGACCGCUUUCGAGCGCCGGGAGCAGUAUCCGGAGUGCGCUGCGCAAGACGCGUGCCGUGCAAGGAGAGGAAGACGAUGGUGCGAUCUGUAUCGAGACGGAUGGCAUUGUCGAGAGUACGUUGCCCGUGAACAGCCCAAGAGAAGGCACGUACGAUCUGUCUGUUCCGUCACUUCACGUGGAUGACAGUCAGCUGAGGUCUCAUUUCAGUAGCGCCAGUAGCGGAAUGCCGCAGAACAGGCUGUCGUACGCGAUGACGGCUUCACCUGCGGGUAGCUUCAGCUUUGAGAUCAAAGAUGCUGUCAGGCUGCGCGCUCCUGCGACACUGGUUGCAUCCCAAGGUGACGGUGAGACAGGUAGCAAGAAGGCAAGUAGAGAGGGGGGAGGGGCGAGCGAGGAGAGCUUUGUCCGAGACAUGGAUUGGGAUCUCCGCGACUGCACGCUGACCAGCGACUCGCAAUGGGCAGAGCAACAGCGCCUCGGCGAGAAGGACACGGUCAAGGGGCAGUGA